ACCUACCAGGUGGUGGUGAUGGUGUGGGAGCGGGUGCGAGGCACAGCCACGAUGACGAGGCGGGGGAAGAGGGAUCACCGGCGUGCCCGACUCUCGUUUCCACUACCUACCUAGGUAGGCAGUGAUGACGGGCCACGGCGGGGAGAGGAACCCAGCGGACUGAAGGAGCGGACGCGUCGGCUUGGGAGAGGCGGCCGGUAGCCGGGACCCCCGUAGCCGAAGCUUAUCGUCGUCGCCCUAUCUGGGCAUCUUACCUAGGUAGGUACCGCACCGUGUUACAAAUCUGAGAUCCCACGAGGACACUCUUCACCCUCUCUCUGUUGACAUAACCAAUUCACUCAAUUUUGCUGCGGUACUGAGGGCGUGUGUUCGUUCCCCUACACCAGUGUGCCGCAGUGUGGCUCAACAUGCCAUCCAAGCAAAGAGAGAGAUUAGACGGGUGGCAUGCUCGGAUUCCGGGUGGCAGUGCGUUUCCACCGCCACAUGCUCUUUCGGCAUUGACUGUCUGCCACCGCAAUCCCGUCGUCGUCGUCGUCGGCUUGUGUUUCGUUCUGUUCCCAGAUCGUCUAUGGUGGGGCAACCAGCUGUCGAUGACCCCGCCAUCCCUGAUGCCCGAUUGACCCCUCCUAUCAUCACACACACAUACAGACACACACAACGCGACAAAUUUCCUUCCUUUCCGUCACAUCUUCCAAUUACGCACUCAACACCACGCCGCGCCGCGCCUCAAGUCCGACGUACACGUCUGGCACGUGGUCUAUUAUUGCCUUCGUCGCCGCUCUUAUUGUCGUUGUCGUCGUCGUUGUCGUCGUCGUUGUUGUCGUCGUCGUCGUCGUCGUGGUUGGAAUCGCUCUCGCUCGUUUGGUGUCAUUUAGUAUCACCGGAUUGCCCGUUUCUGCUCGUCGUCUCCCCCCCAUCGGUGUCUCGGUAGCCAAGCACAUCCCCCUCCCGACCCAGGUCCCGUUUUUCCCACAACCCGGCGCUCUUUACACUCCGUUCGUUACGAUGGCGCUCACCUCCCGUAUCUCCCUCGUCGGCCCGCCCGCCGAAUCCCCCGAGGACUUCCUCAUGUCCUCCCUCGGCGUCAUCUUCCCUGACGACGUCACGAAUCAGCACGGCGAUGCUGACCACGGCAUCCAGUAUGUCUCCCCACACCUCCGCAAGCCCCUGCUUUUCGAGCUCGCCGAGCCCAGCGCCGACGACGACCGCAAGCUUUUCAGCCACUACCUCUGGAACGCGAGUCUGCAGCUCGGUGAGUUUGUCGAGGCCGCCACAUUGGAUCUCGACAAUGCCGUCACAACCUGUCUGGGUCCGCCCAUCGGCCAUUUCGACGUUCGCGGCAAGACCACGCUCGAGUUAGGGUCCGGCACCGCUCUGCCGAGUAUCAUGUCCGCCCUCCUCGGCGCCGAACGCGUCGCCAUAACGGACUACCCAGCCCCCGCCGUGCUCAAGACCCUCCGAACCAACACCGCCCGCAACAUCGACCCUGCUGUCUCCCCCAAGAACACUGUAACGGCCUGUGAGGUACUGGUCGAGGGCCACUCGUGGGGCGAGCUCGAGGAUGCAUUUUCCGUCUCCAAUAAGCACGUCUUUGACCGUAUCUUCGUCGCCGACUGCUUGUGGAUGCCUUGGCAGCACACAAACCUGCACAAGUCCAUCAACUGGUUCCUCCGCAACGACAGCGAAGCGCGGUGCUGGGUCGUCGCCGGGUUUCACACUGGUCGUGCCAAGAUGCGUGACUUCUUCGGGAGGGCGGCUCUGGCCGAAGCUGGGCUUGAGGUCGACACGAUUUGGGAGCGGGACUGCGAUGGUGAGGAGAGGCAGUGGGAGUGGGACCGAGGCAUCGAGGACGUGACUAUCCGGAAGAGGUGGCUUGUCUGCGCAGUGCUGAAGCGCAAGGCCGCUGGUGGUGAUGGUGGUGCGUGAGUGCUAGAUGCUGGGCAGGUGCUUCACUUAUAAACAUCGGGCGUGUGUUCGUUGCGUCCCCUGUUUGGCUGGCUGCCUCACUCCGAGACACGUACGACGCGAAGCGCCCACCUUUUAGCUCUCACCGCAUGCUCCAUCAUCCCAGGGUGGGGGGGCUUUGCUCUCUCGAAGUAAAGAGAUCGAACGCCCGCACGAAAAUUACAGACCAGCUUCCCCAGACGCCUGCCUCCGCUUAGAGCUGGACCCCGGUGCGGCUGAGCUGGAUGCUAGGCUUCAUCCAUUCAGCUGCCCUUGACUCGGUCACGGCUGCCGAUUGGUCCCCUACGAGACUGUGGCUUGGCCUAGGCCCCAUUUGAUUCAAACAUGGCUCAGCCUCGACCAUCGCGCGUGUGUCCGAUCAUCGCAAGCUUAGCUAUGAGAUCGUGCCUUGGGCCGGGAUGGUGUCGAUUUUGUGUGUAUGUGUGUGCUGCGGCCAAAGUUCGGGCUGUCGUCACAGAAGAGAGAGUAUUCAUGGCAUACCAGAGGCGGAAGGAGCUUCAUGGCCCCAGCGGGUGUUUGCAUCGUCAUAAUUUUAUCAAUUAUGUAAGGCUUCUUCGGCUGUCAAGGAAAGGAAACCUCCAUGUUUGCUUCCUUUGUUAACUUUGUUUGUGGGAUGCCGCUCUUCUAUCAAACCCUGUUCCCCCGUCCUCUCCGUCGUUCCUGUCCACUCUCCCUCGAUGCCUGCCAAAGUAGCCACCGAGUGCGGCCGCCGGCUUGACACAUUCUUUCCCUCGAGCCACCUUCGGAUGCGUGCUGUCCCGAAUAUCGUCACUUGUUCUGAGGACCACCUCACGUUUCCGCCCGCAAGUCCGUGAGACAUAUGUCGUCAUUCUGAGCAGUUAUCAGCCCUACACAGUCGAGUUCGCUGAGAAAUAUCGAGGGUGUUAGUGUCGUGGUGGACACCCCCUUCCGAACUUCCUCAUUCCUUAGAGGUACAUUUUUGGACAUAGUUGGUUGUGCUGGGAUAUCAUUCUCGGCCUGAU